CCUCGCUCACACACUCAGGCAGCAUCCUCCCCAUCCUCUCCACUUUUCUACCUUCACACUCCCCUCUUCGCGCCUCCCUCUGUCUGCUCCUCUCGCCUCUUUUUUUUUUCUUUUCCUCCAUCACCUACUAACACAUAUCAUCUCUGGCAUCUCUCCCCCGGCUCCCUCCUCCAUCUCUUCAAUUCCUCCCUCUUUUCACACACACUCAACCUUGCUGUCUCACGCGUGUACACACACUCAUACUGAUUGGCACCCAAGGACAGAGCACCCUCUCUCCCAAACCGGCGACCGUGCACUGUGCUUGUGCCGCCUGCCGGUUUCUUGACUCUGAGCUCAGCUGAAGAAGAGGACGAGGAAGAGGCCAUGGAGCACAGUCACAUUUUCCCUGCUUUUUCCUCUAAUGGGAGCACCUGGAGCCCAGGGCAGCAUCCAUCUGAGGUUACCCAGGGAUGCCCCCUCGGACCACUGCCGGUCAUCUACUACAGCGUCCUGCUCUGUCUCGGCCUGCCUGCUAACAUCCUGACGGUGGUCAUCCUGUCACAGCUGGUGCUGCGUCGUCAGAAGUCCUCCUACAACUAUCUCCUGGCUCUGGCAGCCGCCGACAUCCUUGUCCUGUUCCUCAUUGUGUUUGUCGACUUCAUUUUGGAGGAUUUCAUAAUGGCCGCGCCGCUGCCCCUGUCGCUCAACAAUGCGGUGCAGGUUUUGGAGUUCUCCUCCAUCCACACCUCCAUCUGGAUCACCGUGCCUCUCACCAUCGACCGCUACAUCGCUGUUUGUCACCCGCUGCGCUACCACACAGUCUCCUACCCUGCCCGCACUCGAAGGGUAAUAUUUGCUGUGUAUAUCGGGUGCCUGCUCUCUGCAGCUCCUUAUUACUGGUGGCCGGAGUUGUGGCACAGCCUGCACGGGGUGGGGAGCGGUGGAGGAGGAGAGGGUAACAGGAGAACCGUGGCCCAGCAUGUCCUCGUGUGGGCCCACUGCGCCACUGUCUACCUCCUCCCCUGCACCGUCUUCUUCUCCCUCAAUGCUGCCAUCGUUCAAAAGCUGCGCAGACGCCGCAGCUGUUUCCGUCUGCGCGGCUACUCCACCGGCAAGACCACCGCCAUCCUCCUCGCCAUCACCUCCGUCUUCGCCGUUCUGUGGGCUCCACGUACCCUCAUGAUCCUCUACCACUUCUACUCCCCUCCACCUGCCUCACGAGGUGCUGGCGUGCUGCUCCACAUGCUCACAGAUCUGGCUAAUAUGCUCGCACUGCUCAACACCGGCGUCAACUUCUUCCUCUACUGCUUCAUCAGCAAGCGAUUCCGGGGAAUGGCGGCCAACGUGCUGCGAGCCAUGGUGCACUGCCGGAAGCAGCCGCCUCCGUUUUACGCCAGCCACAACUUUUCCAUCACGAGCAGCCCCUGGAUCUCGCCGGCCAACUCCCACUGCAUCAAGAUGUUGGUGUACCAGUACGACAAAAACGGGAAGCCAAUCUGCAUUUCCUCCUGAGCUGUCAACCGCCAGCAGCUACCGCCACACUCAGCAGAACGGGAAUAUAUUCAGGCUUUGUUUACUUGGUGACCAGAUUACUCACGUGGGACUCUUUGAGGCUUGAAAAUGUCAACAUGCCCGGAGAGCACAGAGGCGACGGUUUAGCUAUAGCUUUCAGUGAUAACAAAGUGGCAAGCUAGCAGGACGGAUAAAGAAACAGCAGGUAUUCACAAAGCUGAGACCAGCUGAGAAAGGUUGAUUGUUUCCUCCAGCAAAAAAAAAAAAAAACACUUACUGUAAGAGACUGACUGAUAAAGGGGUCUCAUCACCAUCUAUCACUGACUUUCAUAGGCCGAUGUUUGUAUCAGUGAUAAACCGACGACUGGAUGAGUCCUUGGUGAAGCAUCAAACGUCUGCUGACAGUGAUUUUUUUUAUGGUCGCUCGCCAUUGCACAACAGUGACGAGCCUCGAGCAGAUGUGUCGUUUUUCCUUUGGGAGUCUUUUCCAGGCAUCACGCAGAGAUUCCUGCCAGAGUCUUGGCACUAAACGGCUCACCUUAGAGGGGUGAUUCACUCAGGCCGAGCCAGCGACGGCGUGUCCAUUGUCCACGGUUAUGACUGUCUGUCAAGCACUUCAAAACAGCGCUGUCGUUUCCAGUUUAAUAUGCAGAAGAGUCUCAAAGGCUUGUUAGUUUGUGCUUUUAUUCAAUGAACAGGCCUCCCUGACUUUCCUCAUCCUAGCAGUGCAGGUCACCUUCAAGUCGGCACUCGCUAUGGAAGUUAUCCCACAACCAAGCUCAAAGAUUGUCAAAGGAUGAGUAGACACUCUCCUUACUGUUGGUUCCUUAUUUAUUAAACUUGACUGUUAUUGUAGCUGCACAAAAAAACAUGACAAAAAUAAGUUAAUUGGAGUUGGUUUAGCUCCAAGGUGUCAUUAACCUAGAAAUCGCAUUUCCAACAUUAGGAAGAGGACAUUUCUGCUUUUUGUAGAUAGUCCUUGAUUAACCUUUAAUGGACCUUGAUGACUUACUGUUAGCCAUUAUGUGGAUGAAUACAAUGACUGUAUCUCUUAAACCCUUUAGCUUUCUAAGAUAAUGAGAAAAAACAGAGAGAGAGAGAUUGAGAGGAUAAAGCAAUCGGCCAUCCUUUUAGUUUCAACCUUUAUGACAUUUUCUUUCCCAUGAUGCAGCAGUGAAUUUGAUCUCAGGGCCACAGAGAGGCAUUUCAGCGCUGUUUGUUCUGCUGUCCAAGUAACAUUUAACACCCAGACAUAGUCCUCUGCAUCAACUCCAUCUGGAUGCUGCCUGGUAACGAACCAUAAAUGUGAGCACGCACACACACACACACACACAUUCACACACUCUGCACUGUAUUAAGAACACAUUAAGAUCAGUGCACAUCUAUUCUGCAGACACCUUGAGGCAUCGGCGGUGUUCAUCUAUCUACAGAGAAUGGAGCUUUGCCAAAGGGCAGAUUUCUGCUAAUACCUGCCAGGAGGGAUCAGACACAUCUGGCCUUUUGUAUUAAUGGAUAAGGCUUUAAAUCUGAUUGAUGUUAGGUGUGUCUGUCAUAGCUGAUAAUGUCACGACCUCCAGACUCUUGUUUAACACUCAAAUAUCUGACGCUCUUAAGAAGGCAACAGCGGCUGUGUCGUCACUCUUUUUCUCACCAUAACAACUAUCAGAGCAGAAACUGUCUGCAGCUGAAAAUCAGAGCACAAGAGUACAAAUCUGUGUUAAGAAGUAAAGCAGGGAUAUGAACUUGCAUAUAUUUAUCACUCUUGUUUCUCUUCAGAUCAGAUCAAUCUUUUCGCCCUUAACUAAAGAUUUUCAUGGAGAGGGAUAAUGAGAGUAUUUCUGAUUGUGAUUUCAGAUUUUGGAUUAAUUGUCCUUCGGUUGUCUGUGUCAUUAUUUUGAUCAGUAAGUGUGUAUCUAAAGGAGUAAUAAAUCAAAGGGCUGCAUUUUUUGACGUAGAGCUGAAGUUGGUAGAAAUGCAGCUCUAUUUUACUUACAGAACUCUGAGGCUUCUGUUUUAAAUGUUUUUAAAACCAAGAUUUAAUUCAGAUAAAGAAUAAUGAACAGAUCAAGGUUGUAAAAUAAUAACGUUUCAGUCAGUUUUCAGUCAGUGAGUGCUACAUUGCAAAUAAGGGCUGAAUAUAAGGUUCUGACUCAUGGCUUACGUAAAGGUGCAUUCAUUCUUUUAACUAAAAAAAAACCCUAACCCAAUUCUCCCACAUCCAAACUGCCCCUUCUUUCAGUUUUGCACUCAGAAACUAACUGGCCCUGCCGACUUUCAAUUCCUUUUUCCUUUUCUUUUUUUU